CAUCAUUCUCAUAAGUGGACUCGAGAAAAUGCCUCAGUUGUGUGCUGCUUGGGGCUGUACAAACCGCAGCACAAUUGAAAAUAGGUCUCGGGGAAUUACUUUUCACAGGUUUCCCAAAAACAAAGAGUUGAGGAGGCAGUGGGAAGUAGCUCUAAGAAGAGAAGGUUUUUCCGCAAGCGAGUCCUCCGUGCUAUGCAAUGAACACUUCAAGCCGGAGGACUUUGACAGGACAGGUCAAAUUGUGAGGAUUAGGGAUGGAGCUAAACCAUCGAUCUUCAGCUUUCCCCCUCAUCUACAAAGAGAAAACAGAGGCCUCAAGGAAAGCUGAGGAGAGCUGGUCAGUGGACUGUUCUCAGAUUUUCCAAGAGAUCGAACCUCCUCUG